GCAAGAGAAAAAUAUACAAAAGUUGUGUUACAAAUUCAUUCGUUUCUUGGAACCAACACAAAAAUGUCUGCCAUAUUGGUGUUUCUUCUUCUUGGAAUAUUAUCUUCCAUUACAGCUGCAGAAUCCAUAGGAGUUUGCUAUGGAGUACUUGGCGAUUCUCUACCAUCAAAGCAAGAAGUUGUUGAUCUAUACGAAAGCAAUGGCAUAGGUAAAAUGCGUAUAUAUUUUCCAGAAGCAGACACACUGGAAGCUCUAAAAGGUUCAGGAAUUGAGUUGAUCAUGGACGUGGCAAGGGAAUCUCUUCAAUCUCUCACAGACCAAAACGCUGCCAUGGAUUGGGUGAACACAAACGUGGUACCCUAUGCACAAGAAGUCAAUAUAAAGUACAUUUCAGUAGGAAACGAAAUUCGUGCAGAUUACAACGAGGCUCAGUACAUUUUGCCUGCCAUGACCAACAUUCACAAUGCAAUUUCAUCAGUCAAUUUGCAAGGUCAAAUCAAAGUCUCCACAGCAAUAGACUCAACCCUAAUUUCCAACUCCUACCCACCUAAUGAUGGAGUUUUCAAUUCAGAGUCAUACAUAAAACCCAUUGUUGAGUUCUUGAAGAACACCGGAGCCCCACUUCUUGCAAACAUUUACCCUUACUUUGCUUACAUUGGUGAUAAAGAAAACAUUCCUCUUGAAUAUGCUCUUUUCACCCAACAGGGGGAGAACAGUGUUGGGUACCAGAACCUGUUUGAUGCAAUGCUUGAUUCAGUAUAUGCUGCACUUGAGAAAGCGGGAGCAGGUGAUGUGGAGAUUGUUGUUUCUGAGAGUGGGUGGCCAUCUGCAGGUGGAGAUGGAGCUUCAGCAGAAAAUGCAGCCACUUACUAUGCCAAUUUGAUUGCUCAUGCAAAGAGUGGAAGUGGAACUCCGAAGCGACCAGGUGGGUCUAUAGAGACUUACUUGUUUGCAAUGUUUGAUGAAAGUAACAAGCAGGGUGAGGAAUCUGAGAAGCAUUUUGGUCUCUUCACUCCUGAUAAAUCACCUAAAUACCAACUCAGUUUCAAUUAGUUCAAAUUCAGACAGAUUUAUAUACAUAAUCUUCUUCUUUAGUUUCAAUAAGUGUGGGGUCUUCCCAUCUACUCAAAUGUGUUUCUACCCUUAAAUUAACAAUGUCAGAGAUCAUCUUUUGUUUUGUAAUAUUUUUACUUAGUUUGCUUAAAUAAAUAUCAACCAAAUUUAUGUUGGUUUAUUUCAAUCAAAACAUACU